CAGAGUUACAGAAGGAAAUGUGCAUGAGUUCACUGAAAAGAGCAUUAGAUGACAUAGAAUAUAAUGCUUGUGGAGCCGAACCUUUGAAAAAGAAGACCCGGUUACCUGUUUUAAAAAUGCACAUAGAGGGCAGUACAAGUGGUGAAAAAGCCAAAGUAGGUGCCCAUACUCAUUGCAGACUACAGAGUAAUAAGAAGCAUUUUCAAAGUGCUCCUCCAAAUCAUUCGUUAAAUGGAUUGUCAUAUACUGCAGUUUUGCAAGGUUCUGAUUAUGAAUGCAAAACAGACAAAUCUACUGAUCUCACCAUUAAAAAGGAGCAAGCAAAGCGUUCAUCAGAUUCAGAUUCUUUGCCAAAUCACACACUAGAGGAAUCAGAUAUAAAAAAACGUAAGGUUGACCAAACACUCAGAGAAACAGAAUCAGAAAAUCAUCAGGAUUCCACAAAACCACCUAAUGAACAGAACACAACAGAGGCAAUGUGUAGUACAUCACAGUACACAGAAUACCCAAAACAGGUUGCACGCCUAUGUGGAAUUGCAGACUAUAUGAGAGUACAGCAGAACUACACUUUUCAGAAGAAUGUUGCUUUUGCAAGAAAAAUUUUUGUGUAUUCAAGUGAUAGAAGUGAAUAUGAUUACGAUAAAAAUGAUACUAGUGAUGAUGAUGAUGAUGGGGAUGGUGAUCUGUAUGAUGACAAUGGCGGGGGUCUGUAUGCUGCUGCUGCUGAUGAUGUUGACGAUGAUGAUGAUGAUGAUGAAUAUGUCAAUCCUGAUACAGAAGUUGUUUCAAAACGACAUAAUUUACAGAUGGCUGAUUUCUUCACACUGCAGGGAAAUUGUGAACUGAGUGCACUGAAUGUAUUAAAGCCACAGUCUGGGGAGGUGCAACCUACUGAGCAAUGUCAGACCACUUCAUUUGGAAUAGGCUUGUUCUGCAACCAGCCUAUUAAUAAUACUUACUUUAAUUAGAUGCCCCAACACUGCCUGGGAGUCCAGGUGCUGCUGCUGCUGCUGCUGCUGCAGCAGUAGCAGUAGGAGCAGGAUGAUUUGAACAUGAUGAGAAUGGCAAUGAAGCUGAAGAAUUUGAUAGAACAAGUGCUACAUUAAACAGUUUGAAACAUGGCAUUCCUUACUGAAUAAUGUUUUUCAAGGAGUGGUCAAAUAUGACAUCUAAAUCAUGAGUAGCAUUCAAACUGUGCAUGUUCCUAAGUAAUAAAUGAGUUUGAUGUUUAGGUGAAUUUAAAUUUUGGAAAUAAAAAUGAUAUAGGUGUUAUAUGGCAAUUUACUUUUAUUGAAUAUUAAUUCUAGUUUCUGUUUUCAAUUAUUCCCUGGGUUAUAAAUACUCUGCAACAAAUGUCACACUGACGCUGUCUUUUGUUGUGCGGCGCAAAAUGGAAGUGCUACUUUUGUACUUCCAUUAAAGUGUAAAAGAUUAUGGUUAAGUUAUAAAACUUACCAUCUAUGGAUAAUUUUCUAUAUGCUGAUGACUGUUUUAUAUGGUACAUUCUUUCUUUCCCCGACUGAGCACUUUGUUGAUAAUUUGUAUUCAGUUUGCAGCCAUUCACAGCUUAAACAUCAAGAUACCUAUUAUACUGUGGUUUCUAAUGUUCUUCUGUUUAUAAUUCAAUGGAGUUAGUUAUGUGAAUUUCUUGACUGUAUUAUUGUAAAUAUAAACAAAAGUAUUA